AUGCCAAAACUCGCACUUCAACUCAAGGCGCAAUUCACCAAUGUCACCUCUCUCCAUCCGACCGAUCCGGACCACACGCUCAUGCUUCGUCUUAAAUGCACCUCAUGUCACGAACAACAUCCCAAGCUCGUCGGUGUAACACCUUCCGACUCGCACGAGAUGACCAAGGGCGCUCGAGGCAGUGCUAACCUGGUGAUGAGCUGUGCAUUCUGCAAGAAGGAAAGCUCGGCCAAGUUCGAAGAGCCGCCGCUGUGGCGCCAGAUCGACGCGGGAGACGGUGGAGCUGAAUGGAAGACUCUGUGCGUGCUGGAUUUCCGUGGACUGGAACCUGUAGGAUUUGAUCCCAGUGGUGCCUGGACUUGCAAAGGCUCCGAAUCGGGCACAACGUUCGACAGCGUAGAGUUUGACGAUGGCGUAGAAUGGAUGGACUACGAUGAAAAGGCUGGCGACGAGGUCAGCAUCACCGAGCUUGAACAUCGAUGGCAGCGAGCAUAG